AUGCCAGUUCCACCAGUUUAUAUUGUCUCCGCAGCGCGUACACCAGUUGGUUCAUUUCAAGGAGCGUUAUCAUCAUUGCAAUAUCCUGAAUUAGGUUCUCAUGCUGUUAAGGGUGCGCUCAGUAAAGUUCCACAGAUCAAGCCUGAGGAUGUGGAUGAGAUAGUAUUUGGCGGGGUUUUGCAAGCUAAUGUAGGUCAAGCUCCUGCAAGACAAGUUGCUUUGAAAGCAGGUUUGUCCAAUUCGAUUGUUGCCACUACUGUUAACAAAGUGUGUGCUUCCGGUAUGAAGGCUGUUAUUAUUGGUGCUCAAAACAUUAUUUGUGGGACUAGCGAUAUCGUUGUUGUUGGAGGUGCCGAGUCAAUGUCGAAUACUCCCUAUUAUCUACCAACUGGUAGAAACGGGGCUAGAUACGGUGAUGCCUCGAUUGUCGAUGGAAUUCAAAAGGAUGGAUUAUUAGAUGUUUACAGCGGCAACUUGAUGGGGCUUGCCGCCGAAAAAUGCGCCAAGGAUUACAACAUUUCCAGAGACGAUCAAGAUGAAUUUGCUAUCAACUCUUAUAAAAAGGCUCAGGAGGCUAUAUCAAAGGGGAAAUUUGAUCACGAAAUCUCGCCAGUUACAGUUAAGGGAGUUAGAGGUAAACCAGAUGUUGUAGUAAGCCAAGAUGAAGAAGCCAAAAAUCUCAACGAAGCAAAAUUGAGAUCUGCAAGAACUGUUUUCCAAAAGGAAAAUGGUACAGUUACUGCACCAAAUGCAAGUAAAUUGAAUGAUGGUGGUGCUGCAUUAGUCUUGGUUUCUGAAGCAAAAUUAAAAGAAUUGGGAUUAAAACCAUUGGCUAAGAUUAUCGGCUGGGGAGAAGCAGCAAGAGAACCAAUAGACUUUACAACUGCACCUUCAUUAGCUAUUCCAAAAGCAUUGAAACAUGCAAAUAUCACCCAGGAUAAAGUUGAUUAUUUCGAGUUGAAUGAAGCAUUUUCAGUCGUUGGCUUGGCAAAUGCAAAACUCUGUAACCUUCCCAUAGAGAAAUUAAACGUUUAUGGUGGUGCUGUUGCUAUUGGUCACCCCUUGGGUUGUUCUGGUGCUAGAAUUAUUGUCACUUUGUUAUCGGUUUUGUCACAAGAAGGCGGUAAAAUUGGAUGUGCUGGUGUCUGUAACGGUGGAGGUGGUGCAUCCUCAAUUGUCAUUGAAAGAAUCGACCACAAUACCAAAUUGUAA